UUAUUAUAUACAUCUAGAUAACGUCACCUAGCCUAACUUUUAAUACAAUAUCCUUGACUCUACAGUUGAAAUAAAUUUUGUUGAAUGACCCGUCGAGCUAACAAGAUUCGUCGCAAAUCGUCGCAAGAUCUGCCCUCUAUUUAUUUACCCCGAAGAAGUUCUCGUUAUCUCGACGGUCGAACGGGAAAUGAUUUUUGAAAGAAGGUAAAGACGGAAAUCGCAAGCAAGCCGGGUAUCGCGAGGACCUGGGAAUAAUUUGCAUUAAAAAUUAUACGAGCCCACGACGGGGGUCGUACUUUGGAAAAACUCGAGCGGCUUAUCCAUAUUUGCACGUUGAUUGGCUCGGUGCGUCGGUCAAACGUAAUGCAAAUCUUGCAGUUAUUCCAACGUUACAGCGGCCCGGUGCACCGCGCCAUUUUACAAAUCUGGCCUUGCUCUACUCUAUAACAAAAUGUGACCUGGCCAAAUUUGUAACUUUAAUUCCUGUAAUAAAUGGAAGCUUUGGUGUAUAUACACAUUCUAAAGAAAUUAUCGCGAAAUUCGCUUGCAAUUACUCGAAUUUAUUAUUAACAACCCAACGACGUUAAUAUUUUAUUUUUCAUAAACGCGUUCUACUUUAUAUACAUUUAUGUUUCAAUGUCUUUAGACACUAUUUAUUCCAGCGCUCGAAACAAACAAACGGUUCCGGAAAUUUUCGUUAAAAGAACUUUUAUUUUUAGAACAACGUCCACUCAACCAAAAUACAUCCGAUGCAAUGCUCGAAUGCUACACUCCGCGCAGUCGAAACACGCCGUAGUCAAUCAGUAAUUCGUUACACCAACCAAUCCAGCAGCGAGACUUUCGGAUCUACUUUUCGUUUAAAUGUAAAGUUAUCUGGUUGAGCGCAACCAGAUUGCUGAAAUAACGCACACUAGCGAGGCGGUAAAUCGGUUUGGAAAAAGGGGGUCGCCGGAAACGAUUCGUACAAACGAACGAGUGGAUAGAUAAAGGGAAAGACGGGGUGGUGGGAAGGGUCGAGGAAAGUCCGACUCUGCGAGAUCCUCUAUGAUUCUUCGAAUGGAAGGCAUGGAACAAUCUCGUCACGGCUGGCGCGGAAGAAUCUUGGCAAUGCAGCACUCGAGGACCCGGGAAGUCGUUCUACCUGUUGGCCCGUUGAGCAUUUUGCAGUAUCAAAUUCAAAUUCCAGCGAUGGAAUUCGCCGACAGCGUGCGGGGUCGUUUCGAAGAUUCUUUUCGUUCGAGCGGACGUCGCGUGCCGCGUGUUCGCUAUUCGCGCCACGUGAGCUUCGCUAUGGACGGUUCCGUGAUUUCUCGCUGCGAUUUUAUUAAAAAAUGUUCGCUCAGCACUCGCAGCCAGCGAUGCGUGCCACUGUUUGGACGUUCCAAAGGUUUGUUAUAACGAGGACGUGCAGAGGAAACGCGCUGUUUUUGGGAGAAUAUAUUGCGCAACGAAUAUGGAAGGUGCUCGAUGCUCACGCCAGAGGAGAGAAUCAACCUUCACGCUGUAAUUAUGUUCUUAAUGUAUUCUCGAGCCAAUUUCGUUUCAUUUUUACUGGCUUUUGGUAUCUCAUCUUUGCUGUGAAUAAAUUGCUCGCGGUUAUUUAGAAUUUAAUAUUUUAUUUAAGUUCCAUGGUCCACAUUUGAUAACGGACUUUUAAAUCGAAUUUUACACUUGCGAUUGGUUUGUUUUUAAUAUUUGGCUGUAUGUAUGUUACCAUUGGAUAAUGCUUUCGAUUGUUCAAAUAAUAAAUACAUUGAUACUUAUUUAAAUUUAAUUUGGAAAAUCAAGUUUCUCAGGGUUGAGGCUGUUUUUUUUUUUAAGUGCUUUUUAGAAGAAUCUUCUGCAUGUCAAAUCUGCUUCUCCUACCAGAAAUGGAUUAGAGUGAACCUUGGCUAUAUUAAUCGUAACACAAUAUUUUAAAAACCUAUAUAUCUGGAAUGAUGAAUUCUGACUCUGUCGAUUCUGGUCAAGUACUUAACUUGUAUCCCUCAGGUCUGUCGAUGGUGUGGAAUGCCUGCUUUCCAUUACAUCUCGCCAGUAACGUACCAUCGUCCUAUUUCAUCCUCUCAAAAUAUUUUUUGAAUAAAACUCACCCAAGUUCUGCUAAUAAUUACACGAUGCGCAAACGGUUAAACGGUGUUUCAACAACUUAUCCCUCUUCGCGUUUAAGCUCGAUGUUAUCGAAAUCUACUUUCCACCUCGCAGUCAGUGCCAGUCGAACAUUUGCGCAAGUUAAUUCCGUUGGAGGUACGAUUCCGUAAUAUCGUAACUGUCGAAACUCUAAGCCGUCCGAGUUUAAUACGUUCGGUUGUCAAACUCGUAACUCGCUUAUUUCUAUGUGCGUCCGCCAGCGCUCGGUCUCUCAAAUAUCGCUGGAAUAAAUCCUGUAUCGUUUAGAAACCGAUCGUCGGGAUCAUCCGUGCGUAAGCUCUGUGUGCAUUUAGGAUUUCGGACUUGCGAACUUUCCGCGAAAAACAACAGGGACUCGUGGAAAUUCGAACUUUCCCCGACGAUUUACUAUCCGUAGGAUUAAUUCGUUCGCGCUCCCAAACUUGCAGAGGUUUUGGAAUAAAUUCCUGCUGGCGGAGAGUUAUUCCACUUGGUCGUUGUUACGUCGGUAAUUAUUUUCUUGGGAAGUUCCAUUCCAACGGAGAAUAAGAGGGGAAUCUAACGUCUUCUGGCGUGUUCGCUGCGGCGUAUUAUAUUUUGUCAAUUUAACCCUUUGCACUCGAGACCUUUUUUUCUGGUAUCUACCAGUAACUCGAAUUACUGAUAGUAGUUAAGUAGUUCCGAAUACCGUUAUACAUGUGACAGAGUAAUUGUGAUGGCAAUUAUUUAAUUGAUUGGUCAAAGUAAUCAUUACGUAAUGGUAAUUAAGAAUUUACAGCUCUGGUUUUAAGUAUUCAAUGAAGCUUCUUCGAAACGAAAUUAGAUAAAUCGAAAAAAAGAAUGCUCUUUCUACAGAAGAAUUGAACUCUAGCCUGCACAGUGCAAUUUCUGUACGUUAUCGUUGAGCUACCAUCUUACUUGGCCAAUAUUUAUGUAAAACCAUGACUUAAGAUGAUUACGAUGACGGAAUCAGUAUGCAAACCAUAACAGCACACGAACUGGAACCAGGGAACCAAGCGAGACAGGAAGGCGGCGAUCCGUGCUCCACGAGCAAAAGAGCCUCGACGAUAUCCUCGAGGCCUCGAAACUGAGAGGAUGGGUGAGAAACUGGCAAGCGGGGCGAUCGUGUUUCGACUUCGGGGGAUGAAUAUUUGUUCAACUCGGCCCUCCGAGGCCGUGAGCCGCUACGCUGGCUAUAAAUACUGCUUUGUAUGCAUGCUGGGUGAGCGGACGGCCAAGCACAGAUAAUGGGAAGGAAGGUCCCGAGAAGCUACUUUGUCUAGCUCCCCUCCACCCUUUCGACCAUCACCCCAUCCAGAGGACGAGAAUCUCGCUUAACGACACCAUCGCCGCCCAUAACGUUCAACCAGAGACGAGGGAGUAACUCGAGCGGGCAUUGGAUCGCGGGCAAAAACGCGGCUCGUAUGGAAUCAACGUUUAUUCAACGAUGUUCGCCGUUUGAGGAAGACCGGACGGUGAAACGAGUCUGAAACGAGGUCUUCUUUGAGAAUUAAUUCCGAGAGGAAUCCAGGGUGGCCAGCUCCCAGAUGCCGGGGGAUCACAAGGUGGGCGCGAUGACGAAGCUGGUGGAGGUCCUCGCUACCAUCGGGUCCGUUCUGUUGGUGCUUGUCACGUUUCCGUUCUCUUUGUGCUUCACGUUCAAGGUCGUGCAGGAGUACGAGAGGGCUGUGGUCUUCAGGAUGGGACGCUUGAAGGAGGGAGCUUAUGGACCAGGAACGUUCUUCGUGAUGCCCUGCGUGGACAGUUGCGUCCGUGUGGAUUUGAGGACGGUAUCCUUCGACGUCCCUCCGCAGGAAGUCCUCACCAAGGACUCCGUGACAGUGAGCGUCGAUGCGGUGGUCUACUACCGCAUAAAGGAGCCCCUGAACGCCGUCGUCAAGAUAGCAAAUUACAGUCACUCGACUCGACUGCUGGCUGCCAGCACGCUGAGAACAGUCCUCGGGACGAGGAGUUUGGCCGAGAUCCUGUCAGAGCGGGAGAACAUCUCGCACACCAUGCAGACGUCUUUGGACGAGGCCACGGAUCCUUGGGGUGUUAAGGUUGAACGCGUCGAAAUAAAGGACGUUCGACUUCCGGUGCAGCUGCAACGAGCCAUGGCCACGGAGGCGGAAGCUACACGGGAGGCACGAGCAAAAGUGAUUGCGGCGGAAGGAGAGAUGUUGGCUUCCCGUGCUCUGAAAGAGGCCAGCGACGUCAUUUCCAUGAGUCCAGCAGCCCUUCAGCAGCUUAGAUACCUGCAGACGCUGAGCAACAUAUCCGCGGAGAAGAACUCGACCAUCAUCUUUCCGCUGCCUGUGGAACUGCUAACGCCGUUCCUCAACGGCGGUUUCCGGGGGAACGUCAAUCAGAACGCGGAGCAGGGGGACGCAAAGUCGGUUAAAGUUCAGUGCGACGUUCACUCGAACCUCGACAAUCUUCGGGUGAUGACACAGUAAGAUAUCGAUCCUCGACUUAUCCUCUCUAUUUCGAAAUCCUAACAACAAGAAACUUUGAAAAACGCUGCCAACUCGCGAUAUUGCUCGACAUAUCAAUGGAAGGAAGCUUUCGCUCGCCUCGGUAGCGAUGAAACGAUGCGCGCGCGUCGAAAAGGAAAAAGAGGUCUCGAUCGUUGGACUUAAAAGCAAUUAUGGCGAUAUUCGAGUCGAGCGACUCGCAAUUGAUACCUCGUCCCGCGAUAAAUAAAGGUGGAUUGGGAGUCGUGGGAAAAGGAAUUUCGCCAACGUCGAACAACCACGUCAGAUUAAUUGCACGGCCUUUGAUCCAAUUCACUGGUAAGCAGAUAUACUUGAUCGGAAACCGAUACGCGUGUAUCCGUGCUCGUCGCCGUUCACUGCUCGUCAAAGCGCCCAAUCCUUUGACCUAAUUGCAUUUUCGUACCGUGCAAACGGACCCGUUUCUGAGUAAUUUCAAGCCGUUCGCCGAAUUUUCACGCGGCUGAUAAAUGAACGCCGGAUACGUUCCACUAUUUCUCUAACAAAUCGUCGCUUCGCUUCGCUUCUAAUCCCUGCGUAAAGGAGUCAAAUAAAUGUCCUCUCAAAAAUCCUCGCUCUUAGAAUUUCUUAAUUCAUCUAUCAUUCGAAAGGAUACAAGAAACGUGUUUCGUUUCCUUCUUCGGAGCUUCUUUAAUUCGUACGAAUGACCCGUUAAUUUUGUUCUAGAUUCACAUAGAGUUUAAUUCAAGCUGUCUAAUUAAACGCAGAGGAAGACAACUUCCUCUCGACAUCGUUUGAACGUUCUCGCGGUCGGGUCUAGUCGAGAUUCUUGCACGAACGAGCGAGUUAGCAGCCCGCGGUGCGUAAAUAAAUACCAUCGUAGGAAUUCGGACGUGCGUGCGGGUACUUGGUCGACUCGAGUCGAGCUUUCGUAUCACGUUCGGAGCGAAACAGCGUGCCAUGAAAGUACAGGAAACUUCGAGUUCAGAAAGAGUGAAACGUACGUGCCACGUCGACGACGUCGUCUUCGCGACGCGGUGGAAGUUACGUCAGCUUAAUGGCGACAAGAGACACGGCAUCUUUACAGAAUAUAUAUAUAUAUUUUUUUUUUUUUUUUUUUUUUUUUUUUAGUACCACACACUUAUACUGUGCACAAAAUACGUAGAUUUUACUUGUUUAUUACUGGACUGCGGAUUUUAUGCA